CUCUCCCUUUUUGUGUCUUUGAGUGUUUUUUGUUUCUGUUUGCACAACAAUGUAGUAAAAAUUUGUAUUCACUCUCUCUCUCUCUCUCUCUCUCUUCUCCCUCCAGUCUCUGUCUGUCUCAUUGGGUUUGAUCCCUUCUUCACUUUUAUUACCUUCACAGAAGGUUCCUGCUUAUCAUUAAUGUGAAAUUUAUCUCUUCUCUCGCUCACUCUCGAGAAACCCUAAAGAGUUUUUGGCGUUCUUCAAUCGUUUUCAAUUCCCAUUUUUACUCUGUUUUUCCUAUUUUCUUUUACUUUUCUGGCGCGUCUUUCAUUGCGUGCUCUCUGAUGCGAAAGAAGAACAAAACCCAACGAAGCAAGUGUUAGAUUUGGUCCAGUCUUGCUUGUGUGUUGCAAAGACGAUUUGAUUUUGAGGCUUUUUAGAGAUUGGAGGGGUCUGAUAUGAGAGCCUCACAACCUGUACUACCUAUUUGGUCAUGUUGGUGAUUUGAUUGUUCUUCGUGGUACAUCAUCCUGUGGAAUCUGAAGGUCUGAAGAAUUUGGUAAUGAGUCGAGAACAGAAGCGGGUGAGGCAAGAGAAAGGCUCCGAUGACGCCGAGAAGGUUGUCGUGGCCGUUAAGGCGUCCAAGGAAAUUCCCAAGACUGCUCUGGUGUGGGCCUUGACUCAUGUUGUUCAACCUGGAGAUUGCAUAACACUGCUUGUGGUUGUCCCCUCUCAAAGUUCAGGUAGAAAAUUUUGGGGCUUCCCAAGAUUUGCAGGGGACUGUGCCAGUGGUAACCGGAAGUCUCAUUCAGGAACAACCUCAGAGCUCAAGUGUGAUAUUUCAGAUACCUGCUCUCAGAUGAUCCUUCAGCUGCAUGAAGUUUAUGAUCCAAAUAAGAUAAAUGUCAAGAUAAAGAUUAUUUCUGGCUCACCUUCUGGUUCUGUGGCUGUAGAGGCCAAGAAAGCUCAAGCCAGUUGGGUUGUUUUAGACAAGCAUCUUAAACAUGAGGAAAAACACUGCAUGGAAGAGCUGCAGUGCAACAUUGUGGUUAUGAAGCGUUCCCAGCCAAAAGUUCUUCGCUUGAAUUUGAAUGGAUCUUCUAAGAAGGAACCUGAAUUGGCUCGUUCCUUGCCUUCUCAGCUUGAUGAAGGGACUGAUAAACAUCCCAAGAAGAAGAAUGACUCUUUGAAUUCCAUUCGAGGGCCUGUUGUGACUCCAACUAGUAGUCCAGAGCUAGGGACUCCAUUUACAGCCACUGAGGCUGGAACUUCAUCGGUGUCAAGUUCAGAUCCAGGAACUUCACCAUUUUUCGUUUCAGAAAUAAAUGGAGACAUGAAGAAAGAGGAAUCAUUAGUUAGUAAAGAAAACAAGGUUCUUGAUGACAGUAGUUCAGACACUGACAGUGAAAACUUAUCAACAUCUUCAGCAAGUAUGAGGUUCCAACCAUGGAUAGCAGAAUUUCUUAAUUCUCAUCGUCCAUCCUCGCAACACAUGGAAGAAAGUUCACACAGAACUAAUGAUAAUUCUAAAGCAUCCACUACCAAAGCUUUGCUAGAGAAAUUUUCGAAACUCGAUAAGGAUGCUGGAAUUGGAAUGCCAAAUUAUAGAGCUGACAUGGAGUUCAGUGGAAAUCUGAGAGAAGCAAUUUCUCUGUCUAGAAAUGCUCCUCCAGUCCCUCCUCCAUUGUGUUCAAUAUGUCAACACAAGGCACCUGUGUUUGGAAAACCUCCAAGGUGGUUCAGCUAUGCGGAGCUGGAGCUUGCUACUGGAGGAUUUUCUCAAGCCAAUUUUUUGGCUGAAGGUGGGUUUGGCUCUGUUCAUAGAGGGGUGCUACCAGAUGGCCAGGCUGUUGCUGUCAAGCAACACAAAUUGGCUAGUUCUCAGGGGGAUCAAGAGUUUUGUUCCGAAGUAGAAGUCCUGAGCUGUGCUCAGCACCGAAAUGUUGUCAUGUUGAUUGGCUUCUGUAUUGAGGACAAACGAAGAUUGCUGGUCUAUGAAUAUAUUUGCAAUGGGUCAUUAGAUUCUCAUCUAUACAGUAAUAUUUCUUUUUCUGACAACAGGCGACAUCGCGAGCCUUUAGAAUGGUCUGCACGGCAAAAGAUCGCUGUGGGAGCAGCUCGAGGACUGCGAUAUCUUCAUGAAGAAUGCAGGGUGGGUUGCAUUGUGCACCGUGACAUGCGGCCAAACAACAUCCUCAUCACCCAUGAUUUUGAGCCACUGGUUGGGGAUUUUGGCCUUGCAAGGUGGCAGCCUGAUGGGGACACAGGCGUGGACACAAGAGUUAUUGGAACAUUUGGAUAUUUGGCUCCUGAAUAUGCUCAAAGUGGCCAAAUCACAGAAAAGGCUGAUGUUUAUUCCUUUGGGGUGGUGUUGGUGGAACUUGUUACUGGGCGAAAAGCUGUGGACCUUAACCGGCCUAAGGGGCAGCAAUGCCUCACAGAAUGGGCACGCCCAUUAUUGGAAGAAUAUGCCAUUGAUGACCUGAUUGACCCAAGACUUGACAACUUCUAUUCGGAACAAGAGGUUUAUUGCAUGCUGCAUGCUGCCUCUCUAUGCAUUCGGCGGGAUCCUCAAUCUAGGCCUCGCAUGUCACAGGUUUUGCGUAUGCUAGAAGGUGACAUGGUAAUGGACACAAAUUACGCAUCAACACCCGGGUAUGAUGUGGGGUGCCGGAAUGGUCAUGAUGUGGGAUGCCGGAGUGGUCGGAUUUGGUCAGAGCAUCAACAGCAGCACCAACCGCAGGAGAAGGAACGCUAUAGUGGUCCACUACUAGAUGAACCGAUGGAAGGGUAUAAGAAGCUCUCUCUUGAGAACGUACGGCCAGGUUUUUGGGAAAGGGACAAGGCAAGGAGGACUUCAUCUGAACACCAUUUGUAAAGCGCUAGCCUUUUAGAAUUACACAUAUUUGGAAGACUAAAUACGUGCACUCCUUUUUGUAAUGUAAUCCAUAUUCCUCUUAUAUUUUGUUUAAUGCCACCUGCAUUUUACUUCUGUAUAGUAAAAGAAGAGAAUAGCAAGGCCUUGUAAUUUUUUCGGUAAUCUAAGGAAAUUACCAUUUUAACCGGGUCCAGAACGAUAACUUUUUUGGUUG